AACUUUGCAAAGGAUCUAACAUGGGAGAGUGAAUGAAUGAGUCAAAGGGAACAUGUAACAUAUAUUUUUGCUGGUCCGACUUUUCUUUUCUUUCUUCAGCUUCUCCUUGCGAGAGUGCAUUUAUCCCAAAAUGCUCAUUGACCCUGCUUUCCUGCCAUGGGCAGAAAGUAAAGGAGUCAAACUGAAAGGUGUUGAACCUCGAAUUCUUCCAGGCCGUGGUAUUGGUAUUGUCGCGACUCGCGAUAUCAAGCCAAAUGAAACCAUUUUGAGUGUGCCUAUGAAGGCAGUUCGCACUAUUGAUACAGUGCCAAAGAACAUCACGGAAACCCUUCAAGGAGUUUCAGUUCAUGGCGUCUUGGCUGCUGAAAUUGCUCUUGACGAAAGUGAUGACUUCUCUGUAUGGAAAACAGUUCUACCAACCCGGGAAGAUCUAGAGGCUGGUGUGCCCAUGAUGUGGCCGAGUGAACUUCAAGCCCUUCUCCCCAAGAGGGCUAAGGAUAUCCUGGAUAAUCAGAAUGCCACAUUCAGACGCGAGUGCGAAAUUGUUCUAAAUGCAUUCCCCAAGUUGACCAGGGAUGAGUACUUGUACUCUUGGGUGCUCAUCAACACCAGAACCUUCUACAACAGCAUGCCCAAGAUGAAAAGCUACGCUCAUGCUGACCGACUAGUCUGCAUGCCAACUGCCGACCUGUUCAAUCAUGCUGACCAAGGAUGCAAGCUCGCCUAUUCAGCCCUAGGAUACAGUGUUCAGUCGGAUAGAGUCUAUCGCCAAGGUGAGGAAGUCUACGUAUCGUAUGGACCUCACUCAAACGACUUUCUCCUCUCCGAAUACGGUUUCAUUCUAGAUACGAAUCGCUGGGACGAGGUCUACCUAGAUGAAGUGAUUCUUCCGAUGCUGAACAAGACACAGCGUGCCGACCUUGAAAGUAUCAACUUUCUUGGAAGAUACACUCUCGAUGACCAGACAUUAGGCUGCCACAGAACUCAGGUCGCUCUGCGAAUGCUAUGCUGUACACAAAGGCAAUGGCAGCGGUUCUUUGAUGCUCAGGACGAGGGGCGUUCGUCGCAGGCUGAGGUUGAUGAAUUACUGUUGACAGCAUUGAAAGACUUUUUGAACAUCAUCGGAAAGACUCUGGGUGACAUAGAUGAGGUAGAGGGCGGCUCAAGUAGCCAGCGGGAACUCUUACGGCGCCGAUGGCAGCAGAUUGAGGCCAUGGUGACCAAGACAAUAGAUACUCUUUCAUGAAUCUUUCUGUAUGUAUCCUAGUAUCUGCAUUGGAUAAUUUAUGAUCAUGGUUCCUUUCAGGAGCUCAAGUAAUGCCCACAGCGAUAGCAUUUCUGGGUGUUUGAAAAGGAGCAGUGGGUUCGGUAUCGACGAUGGACUGUAUUGUCUCGCAAGCUAUGUCACCAAGUAGUAUGAUGUUGAAUCUGAAAGCCAAGAGACAUGUCGACGAGUUCAUUCGUGAG